GGCUAGGAAGCGGGCGAUUACACGUGUGAUGGAAGCAAAAAGGAAGAAGAAGGGACAGGAACUGGGUGUGCUGGAGGAAGAAGCUCGCCCUUGAGGCUGAACGCCGCUAGUGGGGAGGGACGGAGGCUCGAGAGUCGAGACCGGACAACGCAGAGGCUUGCGGCUCGCCAGCGAGCCUGAUAUGGUGACAUUGCCCAGGGGCAUGGGUCGCCGGGCCCCAAGGACUAGCGCCUGCGUCUACUGCCGCCCAGAGCUCUUUUUUUCCUUUCUUCCCUGGCACCCAUGUCUAUUUCAGCGGGUCGAUGCCAGCCUCUGCAGGCGUCUCAGGUCAUCGAACAAUGGACAACACAGCAACGUGGACGAGGGAAACCCGUAUUCUGUGCUGGUGAGGCGUCCAGCCAGCAGUCCAGCAGGGAAGGGAUCGACAAGCCCUGCAAGAGGUGGGCUGGGUGUGUGGGUAUCUCGGCAGUGGGAGAUCCGCACCACUCCCUGGUCGUGUUCAAACGCACAACCAACCAAAACUCAUCCAGAGAUCAUCCUCGCAGGCUUUGUUGGGGGCAGAUUCCGGACGGCCCGUAUCUGGUGCGACCUCGCCUCGUUCUUUUUUUCACUCUCCGAUUCUGAUCGACUGAACAGGUCUUCCGGAUGGAGCUCGACGGGCUUGACUUGAGAAUUUGCCCCUGAGCUGCCUCUGCAUGGACCAAGUCUUGGCUUGUGAUGGUUUUCACGAUUUGAUAGUUCGUUCCGUAUCCGGAAUAGACCGAUGCCCAGAUCUCAAACCAGGAGUGCGCUGAGCCGGGGGCGGCUUGCUGAGGAGCUGAGGCUGAUACGCAAUAUAUUAGCCCCUUGCCAGAUCGGUCGCGGUCGUUAUCAAAGGAGCGGAUUCCAAAAUCCAGAAUCGCUGGUACGUGUCACCCAGAGGGUCUCGCAAGCUU